CGAGGCUGCACCAUGCCGCGGUCCUUUCUGGUGAAGAAGCACUUCUCGGCCAGCAAGAAGCCCAACUACAGCGAGCUGGAGAGCCAGGCCGUGCUGGCCACUCCGCUGCUGUACGAGACCUGCCCGCUGCCUGUCAUCCCCACACCCGAGGUGCUCGGCCCCGGCGCUUACUACCCACCGCUGGUGUGGGAUGCGGGGCUUCUCUCCAGCCUCUUCCCGGGCGGCCCGGGCAGUGAGGCAGCGGCUGGUGCGGCCCCUGCCCUGGACCUGACUGCGCUCUCCAGUGAGGAGGAUGAAGGCAAGAGCUCGGGGCCCCCCAGCCCAGCCUCGGCCCCCGCAGCUGCCGAGCGUUUCCGCUGUGCCCAGUGUGCCAAGGCUUACUCCACCUUUGCCGGGCUCUCCAAGCAUAAGCAAUUGCACUGCGACGCCCAGGCCAGGAAAUCCUUCAGCUGCAAGUACUGUGAGAAGGAGUAUGUGAGCCUGGGGGCUCUCAAGAUGCACAUCCGGAGCCACACACUGCCCUGCGUCUGCAAGAUGUGCGGCAAGGCCUUCUCCCGGCCCUGGCUGCUGCAGGGCCACAUCCGGACGCACACCGGUGAAAAGCCCUUUUCCUGUACACACUGCAACCGGGCCUUUGCUGAUCGCUCUAAUCUCCGAGCCCACCUGCAGACCCAUUCAGAUGUAAAGAAGUACCAAUGCAAAACCUGCUCCCGGACUUUCUCCCGUAUGUCACUGCUCCACAAGCAUGAGGAGACAGGCUGCUCCGGCUCUCGCUGAGGACUCGCUCCCCCAGGCCUCUCGCCACACAAAUACCUAUAUUAUAACUAGUUUCUGUAGGAGUUAGUUUCCUCCAUCCAUCGCAGUGUGCACCGGGCCGGAUGCAGCUCCUCUGGCCCUGGAGACCCUCGCACUCCUCGCUUGGUGCCUCCUGUGCAAUGCGAAGGCCUCAUCCUUCUCUCAUCCCGGUGUCUGAAAGGGUGCAGGACCGGACUCCUUUGCAGAGUGGAGGUGGCAAAAUGAGUGUAUGAAAUUCAUGGGACACAGCCCCAUACAAGUCCCCCCUCUUGCUGGAGGCACUUGGCCCCUCACAGGGUGGGAUGUGCACCCUGGCUGCUGGGAUCAAAUGUUGCCACCAUGUAGCUUGGGGGGGGGGGGGUUUGUGGCUUUUCAUUUGAUUUGUUUGUUUGUUUUCUUACCAUAACCACUUGGUAACUUUUAAGAACCAAUCUUUGUUUUUAAUGAAGGACAAAAUGUUAACCCGGCCGAGUGUAUAUACGCCGCCUGUAGAAGGUGUAACUAUGCAAUAAUACAGUAUCCCAGUAGUUGUGAAGCAGCUGCCUCUCCCCAGCACAAUGACAAUUUGCAAUGCCUGCGAGAUUAACAGUGUCCAUAAAAGGCAUGGGUAGCCAUUUCAAACACCAACCCUGUUUACAGAGCAGCUAUGCACUCAAGCACCUGUUAAUAUGACUCUUAACAACUGCUUUUCAAGAGAACUGUGACUAAUAGCGGGCACUUGUCAGCCGAUACAAUGGUGGCCUGUCCCAAGGCUGCCCAUCGACAGGUGUGUGCCAAAAGCCCUAUUUAUGGGUAUUGACAGGUGCCUCCUGAAUGCAUCUUUCUUUGGACAUUGUUUUCAUGGAAUCAUUACAAAGAGGAUGUUUACAUUUCAAAGGUACACUGGUAUUUAUAUUUUUGUGCCACAAUUUUUGUACUGAUGAAACUUUUUAUAUAAUUAUAUACAGUUUAUUGAUAUUCAAUAAAAGGAUUAAUUUAUAA